AUUGACUCAGCGAGCGAGCGCGAUAGCAGGCCAGACGGAACAGCACCGCGCCGCCUCACGGUUUAAAGAAAUCUCGUAACCGGACAAACAAAUAUGUACUUCGCUUGCGUUCCCAGCCUAAAGUACUUUACCCGUGACGUCGGUGUGCGAUCUUUAGCCUGAUAUCGUUUUCCCCUUAAAAUAGCCGCCUUCUUGUUAACCAUCGAACAGUAUUGCCCGAGCCCGCCGAGUGCUAAGUACUCUGUCAAUCAGUACUUAGAGUUAUAAUCCAAUUGUUACCGUUGGCAACUGCAUUUACAAGCCCAAAGCAAACGACUUGUCAACUUUUCACCGGACAUAAUUUACAAUUACACACCGCUACAGCCGCUAAAAAUAAACACUGCAAGGCCUGUCAGCUGGCCAAAGCCAAAGCGCAUUUCAUCCCAUACAAGAGACAGAAAUUCCGAGCACAGAACCACCCAAAAUGCCUGAUGUAAAGUUUUUAGCGGUGCUGCCCAACAAUGCCAACGCUUCGGACUGCGUAACAAAGUUAACCAUCAGCGGCACCCUGCUCCAGCAACCUCAGCAAUUCUCGGUGAACUUUGUGAACAGUCCAGUGUGUACAGACAACAUCACAUAUCACUUCAAGGUGGUGAUCCCCACACAGACGAUCAUCGAGAACUACAAGCGGAACGGCGAGUGGAGCAGCCUGCAGCAGGAGCACUACCUAAAUAUAUUCGAUGAAUCAACCUUUCGCCUAGAGUUUACAUUCGAUUAUGAUAAUUCCACAAUGAUCGUGUACCAGGUCAGGGAAACGGGUCACAAUUUCAUAAGCAAAUACGAGACGCUCUUCUCGCUCUCCGAAAUCCAGGCGAUUCAGGUCUGGGGAGAUGUGCAAAAGGUCAAUCAGUUCGCCCUCAGCUAUGAUUGAUACAGAGACAGAUCAGACCAGCAAGGUAGCCAUUUAUAUUAGUUUACUGCACUUGCACCCUAUUUCAAUGCAUUCGAUUGCUUCGGUUUGGACUCGGUUUCGGGCACUUCUUAGUCCUAACAUUGCACUGCACGACCUUUACCUAUUUACCAGUUACCAGUAGCUAUAGUUUUUAGUAUUAUAUUGUUUUCCAUCAACAUUUGGUUUGCAGUUGAAGUGGAUUCGCGACCUUUGCUGCUUUCAUGCACCUUCCUCACAAUUUGCUCUUCACUCUGAUUUCUAAGCAAACUCAUUAUGAUUUUCAUAAUAAAUUAUUUCACACUUGUUACGGAUUACAGUCACAGGUCAAACCAUUUACACUCACGAAACACGCCAGCACUAGAUUGUCUGGCGCCUGAAAGUAUGUUUUGUUUUUCCCCAUAGUGACGUCAUUGCAACCGACAUCGCAAGUAACUGUUCUGUUCUGCUCAGUUAUGUUAUUUUCGUUCUUCACCAGCAGUUUGUAGACAUAGUUUUGUUAAUUUAAUUGUUAAACCAAAGAUUUGUAUGUUUAAAUGUAUAUUAUGCUUGCUGUAGUCUUCCAUCUAGUUUAUAUAAUUUAUAUUUUUGUAAGCCCGUUCCAUGUAAUUCCCUCAGAGAAACACAUACCAUACCAUACCAAGUAUUAAACAUCCCCAUCCCCAAAAUGCAUCUUCUUUGAUUAAAUGCGUAAACACACAACA